CACUCUCUUCCUCACCAUAAAUAAAUUGUCUCUCUUUCUUCUUCUUUCUUAAAAAAAAAAACACAGAGAAGCAAAACAAAGAAGAGAGUUAGUAGUAAGUAGUAGCCAUGUUCUUGAAGCAGCUCUUCACCAUCUUCUUGUUCAGUUUCCUUUCACAAACCCUAAAAUCUUCUUCACAGACUCUCAAUUUCGUUUACAACAACGGCUUUAAUCAACAGAAGGACAUAUCAAUCCAAGGGAUCACCACCAUCACACCAAACGGUCUCUUGAAACUAACCAACACAACCGUUCAAAAAACCGGUCAUGCUUUCUAUACCAAACCAAUCCGGUUCAAAGAUUCUCAAAACGGCACCGUUUCUUCCUUCUCCACCACUUUCGUCUUCGCUAUUAACCCUCAGAUCGACAUACUCAGCGGCCAUGGCAUCGCUUUUGUCGUAGCUCCUAACCCAAGCCUUCCUUUUGGCAAUCCAAGUCAAUAUAUGGGUCUCUUCAACAUCACAAACAACGGUAAUGACACUAACCAUGUCUUUGCUGUGGAAUUGGACACGAUCCGGAGUACAGAGUUUAAUGAUAGUGACGACAACCAUGUCGGAAUCGAUAUCAAUAGUUUAACGUCUGUGAGAACUGCUUACGCUGGGUGGUGGGAUGAGAAAGCUCAGUUCAAGAACCUGAGUUUGAUCAGUCGUAAGCCGAUGCAGGUUUGGGUUGACUACGAUGGUCGUAGUAAUAAAAUCGAUGUGACGAUGGCUCCGUUCAACGAGGAUAAGCCUCUAAAGCCGCUUGUUUCGGCUGUUAGGGAUCUUUCCUCUGUUCUUCUUCAAGAUAUGUAUGUGGGUUUCUCCUCUGCGACAGGUUCUGUUCUGUCUGAACAUUAUGUUCUCGGUUGGAGUUUCGGGUUGAACGAAAAGGCUCCACCUUUGGCUUUAUCAAGACUUCCCAAGCUUCCUCGGUUCGUGCCCAAGAAGAUCUCAGACUUUUACAAGAUCGGGAUGCCGUUGAUUUCUCUGUUUUUGAUCUUCUCGUUCAUCUUCCUCGUGUUUUACAUCGUGAGGAGGAGGAGGAAGUUCGCGGAGGAGCUCGAGGAGUGGGAAAAAGAGUUUGGGAAGAACAGGUUCAGGUUUAAGGAUCUGUACUACGCGACUAAAGGGUUUAAGGAGAAGGAUCUUCUUGGUUCUGGUGGGUUUGGGAGUGUUUACAAAGGUGUGAUGCCAGGUACGAAGUUGGAGAUUGCUGUUAAAAGAGUCUCGCAUGAGUCUCGACAAGGGAUGAAAGAGUUUGUGGCUGAGAUUGUGAGUAUUGGUCGGAUGAGUCAUCGGAAUUUAGUUCCUUUAUUGGGUUAUUGUCGUAGGAGAGGUGAGCUUCUUCUUGUCUAUGACUUCAUGCCUAAUGGAAGCUUAGACAAGUACUUGUACAACACUCCUGAGGUAACGCUUAAUUGGAAACAGAGGAUUAAGGUUAUACUAGGCGUUGCCUCUGGCUUAUUCUAUCUCCAUGAGGAAUGGGAACAAGUGGUGAUUCACCGUGACGUCAAAGCCAGCAACGUCUUGUUAGAUGGAGAGCUCAAUGGGAGACUUGGGGAUUUCGGUUUGGCUAGGUUGUAUGAUCACGGGUCGGAUCCUCAGACCACGCACGUUGUUGGAACAUUGGGAUACUUAGCUCCUGAACACACUCGGACAGGACGUGCAACAACCGCUACAGAUGUUUUCGCGUUUGGAGCGUUCUUACUAGAAGUCACGUGCGGUAGACGUCCUAUUGAGAUGCAGCAUGAGACUGAUGAGACGUUCUUGCUAGUGGAUUGGGUUUUCGGGUUAUGGAACAAAGGGAACAUCUUGGCUGCUAAAGAUCCGAAUAUGGGUUCAGAAUAUGACGAGAAAGAGGUUGAAAUGGUUCUGAAGCUAGGUCUCUUGUGCUCUCACUCCGACCCACGGGCUAGACCAAGUAUGAGACAAGUGUUACAUUACCUAAGAGGAGAUGCAAAGUUACCAGAAUUGUCUCCGUUGGACUUGUCAGGGAGUGGGAUGAUGUUUGGUUUUCAUGACGGAUUUAGUGAGUUAGGGAUGUCGUAUUCCUCCUCCGUCUUUAAAGGUUUUACCGGUGGAUCUUCCAUUGCUGAUUCUCAACUUUCAGGAGGAAGAUGAAUAGAAUGUUUUGAAGUUAUAUAUAAGAAUGUUUCCGAAAGUUUUAAAUAUUUUCAACCUUUAUUGUGUGUUUUGCAUUUGGUAUGUAGAGACUAUUUGGAUGAGAUAUGAGACUAUGUAAAUAUACUUGGGAAAAAGAUAGUCAGCUACAUCAACUAUACCACAAUACAUGACCACACAUGUAAACUUUAAAAAUGUAUACUCAACUAUAUGAAGUAUAUGUAUUGCAUGGCCA